AUGGGAAUCAAUUCGCAUUAUGUGAGCACAGAUCGGGGGAUCACAAAGCUCGUCCAAAUCAUCCUCGGGUUUGUGAUUUGCUCGGUGUUGUGUGCUAAUUGGUAAGCCGAAUUUUGAAUUUAGUUGCUGAAGCUACUCAAACUUGUUUACGGAUGUUAUCUUCAGGUAUGGAGGGGCUUCAUGCUUCAGCGAGGGCCGAAUUGGAUUUACCAGUGGCCUAAACUUCGUGGCAUUACUGAUUAAUAUCCGUAAGUUCUUUUUGUCCGUCAAAAGAUGUCAUCUUUGUACCACAUGUAACUUUCUUAUUUCAGUUCUCUUCAUCCUCAAUCUCUGCGAAUUCUGUGCGCCCAAGUUGGAAAGCAUUUACAAUUUGAUUAUGACCCUUUUGUUCAUAGUUGCUACAGUUCUUUUCCUCUGGUACAUGAUUCAAUACAGCGCCUGGGGAGUGUGGAUGAUUGUCACGGCCGUCAUUCUGGUCAUCAUGGUGCUAAUCUACAUGGCAGAUACCAAUUCAUCCCGUCAUCAGCAUCAAGAUCACAUUCCAAUUUAA